UCAGCGGGGCAGGGCGGGGCGGGGCCAAGCCGGCUGGGAACCCGGUGGCAGGUAGACAUGAGCGCUGUGGACCUUGCCCGUGUGGGCGCGUGUGUCCUGAAGCAUGCGGUCACCGGGGAGGCAGUGGAGCUGCGGAGUCUGUGGCUGGAGCAGGCGUGCGUGGUGGCUGGCCUGCGGCGCUUCGGCUGCUCCGUGUGUCGCUGGAUCGCACGGGACCUCAGCAGCCUCAAGGGGCUACUGGAGCAGCACGGCGUGCGCCUGGUGGGCGUGGGGCCCGAGGCCCUGGGCCUGCAGGAGUUCCUGGAAGGCGGCUACUUCGCUGGAGAGCUCUACCUGGAUGAGAGCAAGCGCUUCUACAAGGAGCUGGGCUUCAAACGAUACAACAGCCUGAGCAUCCUGCCGGCCGCCCUGGGGAAGCCCGUGCGCGACGUGGCCCUCAAGGCCAGAGCCGUUGGCAUUCAGGGGAACCUGUCUGGGGACUUGCUGCAGAGUGGCGGGCUGCUGGUGGUCCCCAAAGGUGGUGACAGAGUGUUGCUGCACUUUGUCCAGAAGUCUCCGGGAGACUAUGUCCCCCGGGAGAGCAUCUUGCAGGUCCUGGGGAUUUCUGCGGAGGUCUGUACCAGCGAGUUGCCCCAGUGUAGCGAAGAGGCAUGCACAAGGUGAAGACCAAGGCCUCCGAGGGUCUGGGAGGCGUCUGCUGCCUUGAGCACUCCGGGAGCUGGAUGGGAAGAACCUUUCUGGAAUCUCUGGACUGGGGCACCAAACUCUGCCUGGGGCUCCGGUGACAAUGAGCAUUAAACUCGUUUCCGGGCAGCA